AGUCACAGUGACGAUGCCGGUAGCGCUGUCGACGGCCGUUGGAUUUAAUGACCUACUGCGAGCACAGCUGUUUUGCCCGCUAUUUAGGCAUGGCAGCGCCGUAAGUUCCCGAGCCGUCCGAGGCGUUGAUUCGAGAACGUUUGUUACCGCAAUCCUGGCGCACGUACGAUCUUGUCAAAUAGUGCCCGCCUCUACAGUGCUUAUCCCGUGACACAGAUGACGUAGUCUGCAGGAUACAGCGAGCACUCCUCUCACAGCAAAGAGUGAUCUGUCAAAAAAAAUUCAUUACCAGCAAAUGCAAAAAAAAAAAACCUGCGUGGCAUUAUUUACAAUUCCGCUGGGGAAGAUAUGUAUGUUCAAAGGUAACUUAGCAAAAAUUCUCAACGUUGAUGUGAAAAUGCAGAUCGUAUUUUUAAUUGUCAUGUAUUUUUUGCAGUGGGGCACACUCUGCAGAACCGAACAAGUGGCCACUCCGCCUUUAAACGACGUGUUUUGCAAUUUCAGACGAGGGACAGUGAAAAUCCGGUAUCCUUGAACGAAUCUUUCAUGGACCAAUCCAAUGUGUCGUCGUCCGAAAUCGACUACCAGAAGACGACAGAGGUGGAAUCCAUGUACGGUUUUACCGGAUUUUCCAAAACGGACACGUCGAGCCGAAGAAAGCGAGUGAGCGAAAAGCUGAACUUGAUAUUAUUCCGCAAGAAACGCUUCGGAAGAUUCUGGAGCUUCGGCGUCAACUUGGAAGUCGCGACAGGCGAAGGAGGCAGGAACUUCUUCAUUGUUGAGAGCGUGAAGCAAGGCAGCCCUGCUCAGCGGUCCCAGAUUCUGGUCGGUGACGUGGUGAUCGCCGUCAACGGCACCAAGGUUGCCGGACUGCCGCUCAGAAUUGUCCGAAAAAUUAUGAACUCCUCCGGAGACCAGCUUGUCCUCACCGUGCUCUCGUCCAAUCCGUACAGAAUUAUAAACACCAGCGCGCCAAGGACGUGCAUGUGCAGACCGUGGGCCGGAACCUGUUUCCCGGGGACGUGCUCACCCACGUGGACUCCACGCCGGUGGACAACAUGAGCCACUCGGUUCUGCGCCAGCACCUGGCCAAGGCGCGCUCCGAGAUCCAGGUCACCGUCGCGCCCAUCUCGCCGCUGCGACUCAAGAGUCCCUCACCCUCGCGCCUGCACGAGACAGUCAUGUCCGACGACAGCGUCAACGAACCCAGCAGCGUGGCCGCCGACGUCAAUGACUGACGCUGGUCUCGGAGGACAAGCGAGAGAGAGCUUUCUCGGAAGACGAGCGUCACGCGCCCUCGCCCUCCAGUUUCGUAUUUUUCUGGUCUCUUUAAAAAAAAAAGCGUGCUACUUAGCCUGUAUAGCUGAAAGUUCGCACUGAAUCUCGCCCCCCUUCCUCCCCCUUCCCCCACCGUUCACUGCCUUCGAGCUUUUCUUACAAGGGGGCGCUUUGUUGACUCGUUCCUAUACGUGACCUGAUCUGAUUGAUAAAUGACGUAUCGAAAUAUAUUUCUAGCCAUGCAAGACUGUGUGCUGGUGAACGUUGCGUACA